AUGCGGAGCGUCUUCUCUGGGUCGCGCGAUUCGCCGUUUCUCGUCGUCAGGGUGCGGAGGGAUACCUUGGUCCAGGACGUGUUGGCGCAAAUUUCGAGCAAACGCGAGAGAGAUCUCCGCAAGCCUCUGAAGGUGGCGUUCGUGGGCGAGCAAGGCGUGGACGAGGGCGGCGUCGCGAAGGAGUUCUUCCAGCUCUUCGUCCGUCGAGUGUUCGACCCGUCGUUCGGGAUGUUCGCGCACGACGACGAGACGCGGACGUUCUGGUUCGCCCCCGAGGCGGACGAUUUGGGGCUCGAGGACGUGGAGUUCGAGCUCAUCGGCAUCGUCAUCGGCCUGGCGAUUUAUAACGAGCACAUCCUCGACUUUCGGUUCCCGAUGACCAUCUACAGGAAGCUGCUGGGCCAGACGCCGAGCAUGCGGGACUUGAGGGAGGUGAACCCGUGGCGGCACCAGGGUUUCGCGAAGCUUUUAAAGGCGCGAACGGCGGAGGAGGUGGACGCGUUUGGGUUGACGUUUACCGCGACGAGAAUCGUCUUCGGCGACGAGGUCGUCGUCGAUUUGAUCGAAAACGGUCGCGACGUGCCCGUCACGAUCGAGAACCGCAGCGCGUACGUCAAAGCCUACGUCGAGUGGUUCUUCGUCGACGCCAUCCAAUAUCCGUUCGACGCGUUCAAGAGAGGAUUCCACAGGCUGUGCGGCGGCCCCGUGAUUCAUUUUUUCCGCCCCGAGGAGCUCGAACAGCUCGUGUGCGGGUGCGCGCACUUCGACUUCAACGCGCUGGAAGCGGCGACGCGAUACGAAGACGGCUACGCGAAGGAUGAUCCGACGAUGCGAAUGUUCUGGAGAGUCGUUCACGCCAUGACCGAGACGCAGAAGCGGCGGCUGUUGUUUUUCGCCACCGGAAGCGACCGCGCGCCCAUCGACGGGCUGGGCGCGUUGCCGUUCGUCAUCAGGCGCAACGGCACGGAGGACCACCGGCUGCCGACCGCGCACACGUGCUUCAAUCACUUGCUCUUGCCGGAGUACAAGGACGAGGGGACGCUGAGGGCGCGGUUGACGCAGGCGAUAGAGAACGCGGAGGGGUUCGGGUUGCAAUGA